GAUACCGAAGCGUUUAAUAUUUUUUGUUUAAUACGAAUUUAUAUUACCUAAAUUUAUUGUGUCUUGUAUACUUGUUUCGUUGAAAUAAAUUUAAAAUUAAUAUUUUUGAUAUCAUUAUCGUAAAAAUUAUAUUCUUAUUGAGAUUAUUAAUCCACCUUUAUAACUAUGGAAGUGUUAAAAAAUAAUCAACCUUUUGAUUUACUACCAGAUGAAAUGUUAAUACACACACUCAUCUUGAUCGAUGCAAAAACACUUUUAGAUUGCAGGCUUGUGUGUAAAAGAUGGCAAGAACUUAUUGACGCAUUUGUAUUUCAAGAAAAAGCUGCUCUAGAAAACAAGUUUGUGAAUAAUGGUCAAGGGUAUAGCAGUUUUUCACAAAUCGGUUCAAAUGAUAUUAGAAAAAUAGAAUUACCUUGGUACGUGUUUUAUGUAAUAAGCAAAUACGAUCCAUUCAAUAGAAAUUUGAUUAAAAACCACUGUGGCCAAGAUCAUUGGCUCCAUUGGGAAAGUAUUAAUGCUGCUGGUGUUAUGGCACCGUUUUUGAGUGAUCUUGAUCUUGAUUAUGAUUUCUCGCAAGUUUCCCGUAUACCACAGUCGGAACAAUUAUUAUUGUCUGAUCCAGAUUUUGAUGGACAGUCAAGUUUUUUCAAUGUAGAUUUUCGACAUCUACGAUCAAUAUAUCAAGAAAUUAUAUUUAAAGAUUAUGGCUUGAACGUUGCUCUAAUGAAAACUCUUCAACCUAAAAUUGUAUUUAGUUCAUGGUCUAAAACAAGAUAUCAGUAUAUAUUGUAUAGGUUACAGGCCACUAUUUAUAGUGAAACAAAUAGUUCUAAAGUUGUAACUGCAGAUUCCUUUAAUGAAGAAUCACCAACCGAAUGGAAAAGAGCUUCAGAUUCAAUUGAAACAAUGGGCCAUGAAACAUCCUUAAGACUAAAUCAUUCCGUGAUUGAAAUUUUGGAGCAGCCAGCCUUAUACAACUUUCAAGUGACCUGUUCUGUUGUGAAAAUAUUGCUACCAAUAAAAUAUAAAAAUGCUUAUUUGCUUUAAUCUAGCUUAAAAAUGUUUACCCACCUAUCUGUUAAAAUAUUAAAACUAAAAAUAUUGAAAAACUAAAAAAUA